AUGUUACGCGCAGCUUCAAGAAUGAUAUACUUUGCAUCACAUUUCUACGUAACGACGGCGUUCUACGCUCGCCGACUGCAGAUCGCAAAGUGCUCUCAGCAGAAGGACCCAGCGCAAAUGAUGAACUUAGUAUUCGCCGACGGUAGCAAGACGCCCAAAGAGAUGUGGCUUGAGCAGAAUGCAGGGACUCUACCAGAGCCGCUGUCACAGCAGGAGAUUGACAGGGUCAAGAAUCAGCCUGACGGCCGGAAGGACUUGCUACUGACGCGUAUGCAUGAGAAGUGA